AUGCUUCGCAACGCUGCGGCCGGCGCUCGAAAGGCCGUGACGGAGCUGUCGCAGUUCCCAAAGCCUGGCGAGAAGCUCCAUGGCUUCACCCUCGUGCGAUCCAAGCAUGUGCCGGAACUUGAGUUGACGGCUUUGCAUCUGCAACACGACAAGACUGGCGCCGAUUACUUGCACAUUGCACGCGACGAUAGCAACAAUGUCUUCUCGAUCGGCUUCAAGACGAACCCUCCGGACGACACGGGAGUGCCACACAUCCUGGAGCAUACGACGCUGUGUGGUAGCAACAAAUACCCUAUCCGCGACCCCUUCUUCAAGAUGCUACCACGAACGCUAUCAAACUUUAUGAACGCUUUCACGGCUUCGGACCACACCUUCUACCCCUUCGCCACAACCAACGCGCAGGAUUUCAAGAACCUCAUGUCGGUGUACCUCGAUGCUACGCUGCACCCGCUGCUCAAGCAAUCCGAUUUUACUCAGGAGGGCUGGCGAAUUGGCCCUGAGAACCCGCUCGCCGAGGAUGAAGCUAGCAAGAAGUUGGUGUUUAAGGGUGUCGUCUACAACGAGAUGAAGGGCCAGAUGUCGGAUGCCGGAUACCUCUACUACAUUCGCUUCCACGAUCACAUCUUCCCUGAUAUCAACAACUCGGGUGGCGACCCUCAGAAGAUCACUGAUCUUACUUACGAGCAGCUGCAGAAGUUCCAUGCCGAGCACUACCACCCUAGCAACGCCAAGGUGUUUACUUACGGCGAUAUGCCUCUUGUGGAUCACCUGCAACAGGUUGACGCUCAGCUCCAAGCAUUCGAGAAGAUCCAAGGAGACAAGGAGAUCCGUGAGCCCAUCAAGCUGGACGGUCCUCAGGAUGUGACCCUGUAUGGUCCCUUGGAUCCUCUGGUGGAUGCCGACCGCCAGUUCAAGACAUCGGUAUCGUGGGUGAUGGGUGAUACUAGCGAUGUUCUGGAGUCAUUCUCUAUUGCCCUUCUGUCUACUCUGCUCAUGGACGGCUAUGGCUCGCCUCUUUACCGUGGCCUGAUCGAGGCUGGUAUGGGCGCUGACUGGAGCCCCAACGCUGGGUACGACAGCUCUGCCAGGCGAGGAAUUUUCUCUAUCGGUCUUACAGGUGUCCAGGAGGCCGAUGUGUCCAAGCUCAAGGAGAAGGUGCAGCAAAUUCUCCGGGAUGCCCGUGACAAGGGCUUCGAGCAGACCAAGAUUGACGGCUCGUUGCACCAGCUGGAGUUGGCGCUCAAGCACAAGACUGCCAACUUUGGAUUUUCCAUGCUCAACCGCCUGAAGCCCAAGUGGUUCAACGGCGUCGAUCCCUUUGACAACCUAGCCUGGAAUGACACCAUCACGGCUUUCCAGGCUAAGCUCGCCGAGGGCAACUACUUGGAGGGUUUGAUCGACAAGUACCUGCUCAACGAUAAUGCCCUCACAUUCACUAUGGCCCCUUCGGCGACUUAUGGCGAGGACCUGGUCAAGGAGGAGCAAGAGCGGUUGGCGGGUAAGAUCCAGGCGGCGAUCAAGGAGGCGGGUGGCGAGGAGAAUGCCCGCAAGCACUUUGAGAAGCAAGAACAAGAUCUUCUGGUCGAGCAGAACAAGACCAACACAGAAGACUUGAGCUGCCUGCCGACCGUUCACGUCAAGGAUAUCCCUCGCAGCAAGGAGCCUGUGGUGGUUCGGGAUGAGAACGCCAAUGGAGUCAAGAUCCAGUGGCACGAGGCCCCAACAAAUGGGUUGACCUACUUCCGGGCCAUCAACACGUUGGAGAACCUGCCAGACGAGCUGCGUGAGCUCGUUCCCCUGUUCACCGAUAGCAUCAUGCGCCUCGGUACCAAGGACAUGACUAUGGAGCAGCUUGAGGAUCUCAUCAAGCUCAAGACUGGUGGUGUCUCAGUGGGAUACCAUUGCACACCUUCCCCGACCGACUUCCACGCCGCCAGUGAAGGCCUCAUCUUCACUGGUAUGGCGUUGGACCGCAACGUUCCUGUCAUGUUUGACAUCAUCCAAAAGCUCGUCCUCGGAACCGACUUUGACAGCCCCGAGGCAGCCCUUCGAAUUCGACAGCUUCUUCAGGCUUCUGCCGAUGGCGUGGUCAACGACAUUGCCUCUACUGGUCACCGGUUCGCGAUGGGCAGCUCGGAAGCAGGCCUCACCCGGAGCGCGUGGUUGAGGCAACAGGUGUCGGGUCUGUCGCAGGUUCAGCUGGUGACUUCUCUGGCCAGCCGGCCAGAGUCGGAUAAGCUGGAGGAUGUGAUUGCCAAGUUGAAGCAGAUCCAGAACUUUGCGCUGGCCGGCGGCAACAUUCGCACAGCUAUCACAUGCGGAUCCGAGAGUGUGGCCGACAAUGGCGCCUCGCUGCAGAAGUUUAUGGGUGGUCUUUCGCAUGCUCCGCUCGGAUUGAAGAACCCGUCUCCCCGACAGCUGCCUCGGGAUAGCAAGACCUUCUUCCCUCUGCCUUACCAGGUCUACUAUGGUGGUCUGUCGGUGCCCACGACGUCUUACACGGCUGCGGACGGCGCACCGCUGCAGAUCCUGUCACAGCUUCUCACGCACAAGCACUUGCACCACGAGAUCCGUGAAAAGGGCGGCGCUUACGGCGGAGGUGCCUACUCUCGACCCCUGGAUGGUGUGUUCGGCUUCUACUCUUACCGCGACCCCAACCCCCAAAACACCCUGAGCAUUAUGCGCAAUGCGGGUCAGUGGGCGGUUGACAAGAAGUGGUCAGACCGGGACCUGGAGGAGGCCAAGAUUUCCGUGUUCCAGGGAGUUGAUGCUCCCAAGUCGGUGAAUCAGGAGGGCAUGGGGCGGUUCCUGUCGGGUAUUACUGAGGAGAUGAAGCAGGCGAAGCGCGUGCAGCUCCUGGACGUGACCAAGGACCAGGUGCGCGAUGUGGCGCAACGGUACCUGGUUGAUGCCAUGGCCAAGGGCGAGGAGAGGGUUUCUUUCCUGGGAGAGAAGCAGUCAUGGGUUGACGGCGAGUGGAAGAUCCGCGAGAUGGACGUCAAGGGCGCCGAGUAA